UGCUGGAACCAACGAUUAUUUCCAUGAUAGAUUAUCAAUUAAAAGAGGAAUGAUCAGAGAAAGAUUUAACGCUCUGAAUUCUGUUUUUUUUUCGCGGGUCCGCGAACGCAGCGCAGGCGGAUCUCCGGGUGGUUUUUUUCUGAGCAGCAGUUCGUUGAGUUGGAGUCACAGGGUGGAGAACUGAAGCUCAAACUUCCUCCUCAUACGUCGGAUCGAUCAGCGCUGAUCAGAUCAGAUCGAUGGAUUAGAGGAUCAGCUGCUGCAGAGACAUGGAGCGUGUGUGUGCGUGGCUGGUGUGCGUGUGCAUGUUGAGCGUGUGUGUUGAGGCUCACGGCGGAUUGGACAGAAGUGACCACGCCCACCUGGACCACCAACACCACCAUCAUCUGGUUUCCAAUGGCAACGCAGCCUCAGAUCUGUGUGUGAUAGACCAGCAGCUCUGUCAGGAUGAGAACUCCCUGCUGAGCUUCGAGGCGAUCUGCAGCAUCCACAAGCUGAUGGACGACGACGCCGACGGCACGGUGGACACGACUGAGACGGACGAGUUUCUCAGGGAAGACCUGAAGUAUCACGAUCCCAAAGCCAAACACAGUAGCUUCCAUCGAGCCGACCUGCACAUCAGCGUGGAGGACAUGUGGAACGCCUGGAAGAGCUCUGAAGUGUAUAACUGGACGGUGGAGCAGGUGGUGGACUGGCUGGUCGUCAGUGUGGAGCUUCCUCAGUACGCAGAGACCUUCAGGAGACUCCAGCUGGACGGCAGAGCCUUACCCAGGCUGGCGGUGAAGAACACCACCCUGACGCUGUCGGUGUUGAAGAUUUUAGACAGAAGUCAUUCUCAGAAACUGCAGCUCAAAGCUCUUGACAUCGUGCUGUUUGGACCUCCACCAGGCCGACAGAACCGGUGGAAGGACCUGGUUCUGGGCGUGUCCAUGCUGAUGGCUCUGGGCGGCUGCUGGUUCGCCUACAUCCAGACCCGCAGGUCCAGAGACGACCUGGGGCGGCUGAUGAAGGACCUGGAGGGUCUGCAGAGGGCGGAGCAGAGUCUGCUGGACCUGCAGGAGAAGCUGCAGCAGGCUCAGGAGGAGCAGCGCUGCGUCCAGGUGGAGAAGGUGAAGGUGGAGGAGGAGCUGAGGAUCGAGAUCGACUCGGCCAAACAGGAAGCUCAGCGGCUCAGAGAGCUCAGAGAGGGAACGGAGAACGAGAGGAGCCGACAGAAAUACGCCGAGGAGGAGCUGGAGCAGGUACGGAUGGCGUUGAAGAAGGCGGAGCGGGAGCUGGAGUCGCGGGCUCACUGGGCGCCGCCGGAGGCUCUGCAGAAGUGGCUGCAGCUGACGCACGAGGUCGAAGUUCAGUACUACAACAUCAAGAAACAGAGCGCUGAGAGGCAGCUGCUGCAGGCCAGGGAGGGGGCGGAGAAGAUCAAGAAGAAGAGGAGUUCUCUGUUCGGGACGUUUCAUGUGGCUCACAGCUCCUCACUGGACGACGUCGACCAUAAGAUCCUGUCGGCCAAACAGGCCCUGGCCGAGGUGACGGCGGCCCUGCGGGAGAAGCUCCACCGCUGGCAGCAUAUCGAGUCUCUAACAGGGUUCUGUUUGGUCAAUAACCCGGGUCUGGGAGCGCUGGCUGCCGCCCUCAACCUGGACCCGUCCUUCCUGGGCCUGCGACCUGCGACCCCUCAGCACCUCCUCCUCUCUGAUGACCUGGACGACAUGGACGAGGACAUCCUGUCUCCUGGGACGCUGCAGUACGCAGCGUGGCAGAUGGACCGGCGAGUGAGCGACCUCUGGCCCCUGAGUGGCAUCGCAGACACCCAGUCACCAUGGAAACACUCCGCCCAGAGUCUGAUGCCCCUGCGACAGAGAAUGGGAGACCCCGCUAUGACGUUCAGCUCACAGAGCCUCCCGCCUGCAGGGGGAGCUGUGACGAGCAGGAAGCAGCGCUGUCGCUCCGGCAGCUUCGGGGACAUUAUGAACCACUCAGACUCUGACUCCUCCCUGCCUCUCUCUCCCGGCGAAUCCCGAAGCCUGUACAGCUCCAAGCCCUUCCCCCUGUCAUCCAGGCUCCACCCCCUGCAGGGUCAGGCCUCGGGGCUCGCAGGAGGAGGAGGAGGAGGCCUGGAGAAGUGCUCCAGCCUUGGGGAGCUGAGGGGCAACCCCGCGGCUGUCCUCGCCUCCUCCUGCUCCACCCGCUCCCUCUGUAUCACGUCCGACGCCACUGACAGCCCGCUCGUCUUCUCGUCCUCCGCCUCGUCCGGCUCGCUGGGCGGCGGCCGGGGGCCCGGCCUCCAGCUCCCGGCCAGGAGGAGCCCCAUGGAGGAGAAUGGAAGUGAGGAGAGCGAGUCGUCCGGCAGCCGCAGGAGAAACGCCUUCAAUAAGAUCUUUAAGAAGAAGCAGGGACGUCACUGAACCUGAACAUCUCACCUGCUGUAACUGACUCAUGAUGAGACUUUCAUCUUCAUCAUGAUGAAGAACCUGUCGCUCAGAGAAAAGACCCGUUUUUAACGCUUCAUCUACUUUCAUCUUAUUUUAUGUUUGAUCUUUUCUCUCCAUGAACUGAACAGUGGGCACAGAGAUGAGUCCACGAAGAAGAACAGGAAGAAAGAAGAAGAAAGAUUUUGACUUUUUUUUAAGGAUUUUUUUCGUUUCACGUUCACCUGCUGGAUUCAGCUUCACUUCGUUUGUCUAUUUUCUCUAUUUUCAUGCCAGAAAUCAGUUUCUUUAGUUUCCUUGACUCCGUGUCCAUUAGAGAAAUAACUGGGGCUGUAUCCAGUCUGUCACAGGUUUGAUUCCUGCAGCGCCAGGUUCUGAUCUGAGUUUAUCAGUGAGUGUAAGGACAGUGACGGAGGUUAAUGAAGGUGAGCUUCUUCAUAACUCUGGUGACUGCUCUUGUGAGCAUACUAGCAAUGCUAGCCCCUGCAGUUUGUUUACAGCCCUCCCCACACUGUUUCCUGUUUCCUCCUCACCACAACACGGCGGGUUUCACCUGCAGCAGAAGGUCACUUCACUAGUUUCUCCACUGGGGGGCAGAUUAGAGUCUGAUCAUCCUAAAACAUCAACAACAGUCUGGAGCUGUGUGAUGACCUGAGCUAACAGUUCAUGUACCACGAACAGAAACCAGUAACAAACUGGGACCAGACUGACCUGAACAGACGACGGUCAGCCUGAAUGCAUUGUUAAAGCAGGGGAUUAUGGGAAACUGAGGACCAAAUGGUACAGCAGGACAGAAUCAGGCUGCAGGUCUCUGAGGACGAGCGUCGGACACACGAGGCUCGUCUUGUUUCAUUGUUUAUUCAGAGUGGAUUUUAUUAUCUGAGUGUAAGUAGAUGAAGGGCUCUGUUUCUAUGACGGUGCGUCACCACAGCUGACAUCACGUUGAUCAAAUAUCCGCUCAGAGUCAUGAUGAGUCCAUUAAUCAUUAAAUCACUUUCACCAGAAAAUUAAUGACUAAAUAUUUUAAUAAUCAAUUUAUUGUUUCAAUCGUUUUCCGGUACCUCUUAUAAAGGAUUUAUGGAUGUUUAUAACUAGUUUAUUCAUCAGCUUGUUUGCACUUUAUAAAUCUGCAUCUGCUGCUGCAAAUCUUUGUGAACUGUUGACUCUGCUGUGCUCAGGGAGUUUUCAUAGACAAAACAAUUAAUUGAUGAAGCAAGAAAAUAAUCAGAAGUUUAAUCAAUAAUGAAAAUAGUCGAUAGUUGCAGCCCUCAUUUAAUUUAAAGUUCUUGUACAGUUACAUCUGACAACAUUUGAACAUAUUGGUCAGUCAGAUAUUACAUAUAAAUAUAUAUAUAUAUAUAUAUUAGUAUUAGUGUGAGGAUGGAGAAGUUGAUGCUCCACCUCCACAUCCUGAAGAUGAAGCUCCGCCCCCCCGUCAUGAAAACAGAGCCUGAGGUCGUUCUGUUAUUUUCACUGUUUGAUUUUCACCUGUGAGAUUUUAAAGAGAAAGUGAUCCAUUGGCCAACGUGUGUGUGUUGUGUCUGAGGCAGGAAGUGAAGUUUAACUUUAUUUACUCUGAACAAAGAUGGCUGUCACAGUUUGUUUACUUAAAGAGAACAGCUGUCAGUGAGAGGACUUCAUUACCCAGAAAUCCUCUCACAUGGUGCCAAUAAACUAAACAGAGAGUCCACACACGUCGGACAGAAAAGAAUGUUCUGUUGCUACUUGCAGGAACUUUAUUCAAUAUUUGUCUUUAUUUAUAAUGUAAAACCAGCAAUAAACAAAUAAACAAAC